GAGAGAAACUCUGGUGCAUGCACGUUUUUUUUUUAUACCGGCAGAGGGGUUUCAUUUUAGUUUUCAUGACGCACCACGGAGCUAGGUUUUUAUGUUAAUAUUGGGAGGGAGGUAUAGGGGAGGAGAGAGGUUGCGCCGCGCACAGUAGGUAAACCGUAUUCCUGCUGCAGCGCGCACAUCCUGCGCUGAUGCGAAAGGGAGAAGUGAAAGUGCAGCAGCUGGUCGCACGGUGGAAGUAGGCUGCUGAGGCUCAGCUUAUAAAUAGCCCGACAUCGGCCUCUCUUUAAACAAUUUGCGCUCGACAAAUGAGCCUCGCCGGCCUGCUCGCCGCUGACUCCGGAGAGAUUUGAGCGCGCCUGUCGAGCCCGUUUUCUUCCACUUGGUGGUGACGCAAGCUGGCAACAACUUGGCAGGCAAGCUGAAGGAGGGGAACAUGAAGGCAGAUUUGGAGGCAACUCUGCCUGCUGGACAGGAGGACUCCGCCAUCCAGUGCCGUGAUGUAUGCCGGUCAUACGGCAAACUGAAGGUCCUCAGCAACCUGAACCUGACUGUACCACAGGGACACAUUUAUGGCCUUUUGGGCCCCAGUGGAUGUGGGAAGACCACACUUCUGAAAUGCAUCGUGGGAACCCUGAAAAUUUCUCGGGGGCGCAUCACCGUGUUGGGGAAACCACCAGCGUUUCCUGGUCACAACGUCCCUGGAAGGAUGGUCGGAUACAUGCCACAGGAACUGGCACUUUACAAUGAGUUCACCAUCAGUGACACCUUGACUUUCUUUGGCCGAAUCCAUGGCCUGACAUCGAAGGAAACCCUGGCUCGUAUGGACUUCCUCGUUGACUUCCUGGAUCUACCUCAGAAACACAGUCUGGUCCGAAACCUUAGUGGAGGUCAGAGGCGCAGGGUGUCUCUCGGAGCGGCUCUGCUGCAGAAUCCGGAGCUGCUCAUCCUAGACGAACCGACAGUCGGUGUGGACCCUGUGCUCAGGGCUAAGAUCUGGCAGCAUCUAGUGGAGAUCGUGAAGACGGGAAAAGUGUCAGUCAUCAUCACUACACACUACAUAGAGGAGGCCAGGCAAGCCAAUGUGGUCGGUCUCAUGCGAAAUGGCCGUUUGCUGGCUGAAGGUCCUCCAGAGGCAGUCAUGAAGCAACACAGUGCAACGACGCUGGAGCACGCCUUCUUGCAGCUGUGUGAGACGUCAGAUCAGAUCGGCUCUAAACGGGGGUCCAGUCCGCAGGGUGGACCGUUAGAGAACAGCCAGUCAUUUGAGAGUGGGCGGGAUGAGAGUCAGCCCAUUCUUGCGGUUGGACCAGCAGCUGCAGAUGAAGCCCCCAAAUACACAGCGGACUGGAAGGUGCGAGCCCGACACAUUCUGCCUAAGUGGAGAAACAUCGCCGCCUUGAUGAUCAAGACACUGGUGCGGAUGAAGAGGAUGCCCGGCUCACUGUGUUUCCAGUUCUUGCUGCCCGUCAUCCAGGUCUCUCUGAUCUGUUUGUGCGUCGGUGGAGACCCGAAGGGGAUCCAGGUUGCUGUGGUGAACAACGAGACGUCCCCCUCCUCUUACAGCCAAGCGCUGCUGUCCUUCCUGGAUAACUCCAGUGUAAACCAGGUGCCCCUGUCCCAUGCGGAGGCUUUUGAGGGGAUCUAUAAUGGAGAGUACUGGGGGGUCAUCGGCUUUGGCAAGAACUUCACCAGCUACCUGACUAAACGGAUGCUGCAGCGGCAGGUUCCCAAAGAUGUGAUCGAUGGAGGAUCGAUGCACGUCUGGCUGGACCUGACGAAUCGACAAAUAGCUAUAAUGCUCCAGAAGAAACUACACGAGGCCUUUCAGGCUUUUGUGGAUUAUAAAAUGGGUAGUAUGUCGUACCUCGUGGCCUUUCCAAUAAAGUUUGAGGAGCCGAUCUAUGGCAGCCAGAACACAGACUUCACUACAUUUGUGACACCUGGAGCUGUGCUCAGUAUCACCUUCUACCUGGCAGUGGGUCUGACGGCGCUCUCCUUUGUCCUGGAGAGGAAAGAGGGACUUUUGGACAGAUGCUGGGUCGCAGGUGUGAGCUCUCUGGAGACGAUGCUGGCUCACCUCUUCUCUCAGCUGUUCGUCAUCAGCGUUCAGAUCAUCUUGUUGCUCCUCUUCAUACUGCUCGUCUUCAAGAUGCCUAAUGAAGGCUCCUUGGUGCUGGUCAUAAUCCUGAUCGUGCUGCAGGGCGUCACCGGCAUCUCGUUCGGCCUCGUCAUCUCCUCCGCAAUCGACGACGAGCAGAGCGCCAACCAGGCCGCCCUGGGCAUCUUCUACCCCAACCUCAUCAUCAGUGGUAUCAUCUGGCCCGUGGAGUGUAUCCCGUAUCCUCUCCGCUACCUUAGCCUGGCUCUUCCUCAGACCUACGCCUCAGAAGCCCUUCGCUGUAUCAUGUAUAGAGGCUGGGGUCUUUCUCGGAUGAUGGUGUGGCGAGGCUUUGCCGUCACCCUCGGCUGGAACACUUUCUUCCUCAUCCUUGCGACGGUCAUCUUAAAGCUGAGGACGUGACCGACGUGACGGAGCUGUGAAGCCUAGAAGCUAUCGACUCGACCAGGCCUUCUGUCUGUGGACAGGGGCAAGAGGAAAAAAAGAAGGGCAGCCCUGUGGUUUAAGGACUGAAAUAAGUCUCCCUUCUUCAAAUGAUCUCACACACAUUUACAAAUACCCAGAUCUACAGUUCCCAGCAGCUGCCUGAUCCUGCGACAGUUGCUUUGGUCUGUUCAAGCUGCUGCACAUAGAAAUACACACAACAUGCACAACAGUAGAUUAAUUGUUAUUGUCUUAAAGUUUGUUCCACUUCUAUCUGCAGCUUCUUGAAUCUCUCUGAAUGGCCAUGUACCAACUCAGGGUCAUUUUUUAACAUUUCCAUUUUCCCUAAGUCUAAUUCUAAUUGAGAAGGUUUUUGUUUUACUUUUAUUUGGGAGAAAAAUAAUAGGAAUCACAGUGAAAAUACUCACUGUAAGUGUAGGACAUUUGUUUAUGUCCGCAUAGUAUUUUCAUUAUAGAUGAAGUGUACACUGAAAAAGAAAAGCACAAGGAAGGAUUUUGAAAGAAAUGUGAAAAGGAGGAGAUAGAUUAUUGUGUAACGUCGUGGGAACGUAGAUUUAAAGCGCUGAUUUCUUCAUGUUCCCAGGAAACUCACAGAUUCAGACGACGCUGUCUUCUACAGGCGGCCGAGUUGUAACAGGAAGUGGUGUCUGUGGUCUGUGUUUCAUCUGUGUUACCGGGUGCUCAAAAGCAAACCACCAUGUCAGCGUUGAUGCAUUGUUUUCAGUUCAAGCCUCUAAAUGAAUCUGUAAAUUAUUUUGUUUUGUGCCUACACUCCUGUGGGAGGAGAUUGGUGAAGGGAAAGGCAAAUUUUGGUACUGUUCUAUCUUUUUUUUUAUUAUUAUUAUUAUUAAACUCUACUUUGCUGGACAGAGUGGAGGCUGUUGGACAGAUUUCUCCUCACAGGUCAGGUGUGGUGUGUUCUUCAAGCUGUCUGCAUCCAUGCAAUUAUAUUUUUGAAACUGCUCCAACUUUAUACUUUGUUUUUGAGUCUUCUUUCAACAGUAAUACAGAAUAAAAUGAGUAAUACCAUUUUGGCCUCAACAUGUCGUCUGUAAUUUAAAAUUUAAAACAACUCUUUAAUAUGCUUUUUUAUUAUUAUUUUUAAUUUUAAAAACUGUUAAAAAUAAAGGACGGCAUGAUGGAAAAAAUAACAUAUCCAGGACCACGUACAUUCUGCCUUUAAAGGAACAGUUGGAUCUGUUAAUAAAACUAAAUAUGGAGCAACAGGCAGCAGUUAGCUUAGCUUAGCAUAAAUACUGAAAAUGGGCAGAGAAGUAUUUAGAUUUAACAAAUUUUCGCUUCAUAUUCAUUAGUUUUAAAUCACGAGAGUGCUACUUAAAGAUAAUUUGUUAAACUAUUUCUUUAAAAGUGAAAAACACUGACAGAUCUACAGUGAAAAAGCACCAGACCAGCAUCACAUAUUGUGCCAAUCCAAGAUUUCGAAAUGUUUACAUCUAUCGAUCAGUCACAAUAUAAUUUAUAUCUAAACACCAGCAUGAGUUGUGUCCAGAUGUGUUGUGAAUGUCUCCUCUCUUGUAUCCGUGAUGCUGCUUAUAACUGGUAAUGCAAGUUCAGUUGUUAAUACGAGAGGAUAAACAUUUAAUCUAAAUGACUCUGAUUGGUUUGUGUUGGAUUAUGCUCUAAUGCUAUGAAUAUAUGUAAAGAUAGCUGUGUGUAGAGUUUAUUGCAAUGUAAAUCUGCUCGUCAGCUCUGCUGUAUGUACAUCACAUUUUAAGGGACAUUGAUGUUCUUGUCAGAAAAAGGGGGAGAGUAGGCAUCUUUAUCUUAUAGAAACAGCUUUCAGAUGACACAAACAUGCUUGUACAUGGGACUUUAUUUUGCCAAAUUUGAGGAUACUCAAACUCUGUAUUAGUUCGUAUUUUGUCAGAAAGCUGAAGAUGAAUCCCACAUCUUGGUGGGAUUACCUCUGUGCCUCACUUGACAGAUAUAGCUUCACAAAAUAACUUUAAAGAGAUGGACCGUGCUGAGGAUGCUAUGAGGAUGUUAUUAGAAAAUUUCGUGAGGAUGCAAUAUAUAUUUUUUUGUGUAAGAUUGGUGAUUUUUUUUUGUUCAGACUUGCUCUGUAACCUUACGUGUGGUCUUCACAUACCCAGAUUCCAACUGGAAAAACUGAACAACUAAAUGCGUGUAUUUUUAUUUUGGAAGAUUUACAUGAACUGCAAGUAUCCAGCUGAUGAUUUUUUGGGUUCUUAUUAAACAACCGCCCUUGCGUUUUAUGCUAAUUAGCGUAUAUUAGCAUGCUAACACCUAACCUGCUAACCUCACAGAGGUGCUAGCGUACUACAAAGGUUUGUUGCCAAUUUUUUAAUAAAUGCUUAUAUUGCUAGUGGGAGGCUAUCGCUUCCAUGUCACAAAAUUCCUUGAUAUAAAAUUGCAUGUUUUGUUAAUUAAUCUUAAUCAACUUUGGUUAUUUCUCAGCAUGUCCAUGAUUUUUUGUUUGCAUUAAAAUUUUGCAACAUUUGAAUAGGUUUUUGAGUAUUGCAGUUCAUGUAAACAGUGUUGUGAAAGUUUGUGCGGCCAGUCUGGUUCUCUCCGGUCCAUACUCAAGUCGACUACCUCUGCUGUCUCUCCCCAAAGAGCAUGUAAAGAAUUUACUCUCCGGUGUUGUGACAUGUGGACACUGUGAUCGCACACAUGCCUCGAUGAAGUUCUCUUCAUUUACUCUGAAACAAUAAACUUGGCUGAAAAAUC